AUGGAUGAUUCAAUAAAAAGGAAAUGUUAUUCAACAACAGAAAAAACACCAAAAAUACAUGAUACCUCAAAUUUAGCAGUUUCAAGAAGCCGGUACAAUGAAAAUCCAUUUAAUAAAACAACCAUAAAUGGUAGGCAUUUCCACCUCUGCUUUGAUGUUCGUUUACUUAAUGCCUACUUUUUUAUAAUAUUAUUAUCUGUGACAACGACACUUUGGUCCGAAGUAUGUGCAUCAUUACCCAGUCUUCCACCAGUGAUACGUUUGGGUGCCAUUUUUACAGAGGACCAAAGGGCAAGCAAAAUAGAAUCCGCAUUUAAAUAUGCUAUAUAUCGCAUUAAUAAGGAUAAAACAAUGCUGCCGGAUACACAAAUCGUUUAUGACAUCGAAUAUAUACCGCGCGACGAUACCUUUCGUUCUACCAAAAAAGUAUGUCGUCAACUAGAGUCCGGGGUACAGGCUAUAUUUGGGCCAACAGAUCCCUUACUUGCUGCUCACAUACAGUCCAUAUGUGAAAGCUUCGAUAUACCACACAUACAAACGCGAACUGAUUUUGAAACAAGCGUCAAGGAAUUCUCGAUCAAUAUGUAUCCUUCUCAACACUACUUAAAUCUUGCAUACCGUGAUCUAAUGUUUUAUUUAAAUUGGACUAAAGUAGCUAUUGUUUACGAAGAGGAAUAUGGCUUAUUUAAACAACAGGACUUAAUGCAUACCAUAGCUCAACUGCCAACAGAAAUGUAUAUACGUCAAGUCACACCUGAUAGUUACAGACAGGUUUUACGUGCUAUCAGACAAAAGGAGAUAUACAAAAUAAUUGUUGAUACGAAUUCUGAGAAUAUAGAAUUAUUUUUUCGAGCAAUUUUGCAACUUCAAAUGAAUGAUUAUCGAUAUCAUUAUAUGUUUACAACAUUUGAUCUUGAAACGUUUGAUCUAGAGGAUUUUAAGUACAAUGGUGUCAAUAUAACAGCCUUUCGUUUAGUGGAUGUAGAAAGUAAACGGUAUAUUGAUAUAAUUGAGCAAAUGAUAAAGUUUCCUCAUAGUGGUUUAAAUAUGAUUGAAGGACGCCCUUACAUACAGACCCAGCCAGCUUUAAUGUUUGAUUCAGUUUAUGCAUUUGCUACCGGUCUAAUGACACUGGAUGGUGUACAUGCCUUACAAUUGCGAAAUUUGUCAUGUGACCUUGAGGAACCUUGGAAUGAUGGUCUUUCCUUGUAUAAUUACAUUAACACUGUGAAUAUCAACGGAUUGACAGGAAAUGUGGACCUGACGGAAGGAAAGCGCAAUAAAUUUAAAGUCGAUCUAUUAAAACUAAAACAAGAGCGUAUAAUGAAAGUUGGCUUCUGGACGCCAGAUGAAGGGGUUAAUAUAACGGAUUUCACCGAAUUUUAUAACACAAAUACAGCUAAUAUUACUUUGCUAGUAAUGACAAGGGAGGAAAAGCCCUAUGUUAUGGUCAAAAAAGAAGCAAAUUUAACUGGAAAUGCCCGAUUUGAAGGAUUCUGUAUUGAUCUUUUAAAGGCGAUAGCAGCCCAAGUGGGAUUUCAUUAUAAAAUCGAAGUGGUUCCGGAUAAUAUGUAUGGUGUUUAUAAUCCAAAAACACAUACAUGGAACGGUAUUGUUCGCGAACUAAUGGAAAGGCGAGCUGAUUUAGCUGUAGCAUCCAUGACGAUAAACUAUGCGCGCGAAAGUGUUAUAGAUUUCACGAAACCUUUUAUGAACAUAGGAAUAGCUAUACUAUUUAAGGUACCUACCAGCCAGCCUACUCGUCUAUUCUCCUUUAUGAAUCCAUUGGCUAUGGAAAUAUGGUUAUAUGUUUUAGCUGCUUAUAUUUUAGUUUCAUUUACAUUAUUUGUAAUGGCUCGCUUUUCACCAUACGAAUGGAAUAGUCCACAUCCUUGCCUAAAAGAUUCAGAUAUUGUAGAAAAUCAAUUUUCAGUAUCGAACAGUUUUUGGUUUAUAACCGGCACAUUUUUACGCCAAGGUUCCGGACUAAAUCCCAAGGCAACAUCUACACGUAUUGUUGGCGGUAUUUGGUGGUUUUUUACAUUGAUUAUUAUUUCAUCGUAUACAGCAAAUUUAGCCGCGUUUCUAACUGUUGAACGUAUGAUUACACCAAUUGAGAGUGCCUCAGAUCUGGCAGAACAAACUGAUAUUUCCUAUGGAACUUUGGAAGGUGGAUCUACAAUGACAUUUUUUAGGGACUCAAAAAUAGGUAUAUACCAAAAAAUGUGGAGGUAUAUGGAAAAUCGAAAAUCGUCAGUGUUCGUAAAAACAUAUGAUGAGGGUAUACGACGUGUAAUGGAUGGUAAUUACGCAUUUCUUAUGGAAUCAACUAUGUUGGAUUACGCAGUACAGCGUGAUUGCAAUUUGACUCAAAUUGGUGGUCUUCUUGAUUCCAAAGGCUAUGGUAUUGCCACACCAAAGGAAUCACCAUGGCGAGAUGCGAUUUCAUUAGCCAUAUUAGAAUUACAGGAAAAGGGUAUUAUACAAAUUCAAUAUGAUAAAUGGUGGAAGAACACUGGUGAUGUAUGCAACCGGGAUGACAAGAGCAAAGAGUCGAAGGCCAAUGCUUUGGGUGUUGAAAAUAUAGGUGGCGUAUUUGUUGUACUCCUUUGUGGUUUAGCAUUAGCCGUUGUCGUCGCUAUAUUAGAAUUCUGUUAUAAUUCAAAGAAAAAUGUUCAAACUGAAAGUCAAUCUUUGUGUUCAGAAAUGGCAGAACAAUUACGAUUUGCAAUGCACUGUCAUGCUUCAAAACAACGACCUGCGCUUAGACGAAACUGUGCGAAAUGUAUGGAGGGUACUGCUUAUGUACCAGCGGUUUCAGCAAGAGGACUACAUGGGAAUGGGGAUGGUGAUGACAUGCCCCACAUAAGUGGCGUCCAAUACAACUAUUUAAAUUAA